GCCGCUGCCGCAUGGAGUCCUGCUUCGACUUCGCCCAGUGCCGGAAAAACGGCUUCAAGGUCUACGUGUACCCGCAGCAGAAGGGGGAGAAGAUCGCCGAGAGCUACCAAAACGUCCUGGCCGCUAUCGAAGGCUCCCGGUUCUAUACCUCGGACCCUGGGCAGGCCUGCCUCUUCGUCCUCAGCCUGGACACGCUGGACCGAGACCAGCUCUCGCCCCAGUAUGUGCACAAUCUCCGCUCCAAGGUGCAGAGCCUCCACCUGUGGAACAACGGCAGAAACCACCUAAUUUUUAAUUUAUACUCCGGCACCUGGCCCGACUACACUGAGGAUGUGGGGUUCGACAUUGGCCAGGCUAUGCUGGCCAAAGCCAGCAUCAGUACUGAAAACUUCAGACCCAACUUUGACGUUUCUAUCCCGCUCUUUUCUAAGGAUCAUCCUAGGACAGGAGGGGAGAAGGGAUUUUUGAGGUUUAACACCAUCCCUCCUCUCAGGAAGUACAUGUUGGUAUUCAAGGGGAAAAGGUACCUGACGGGGAUAGGGUCAGACACCAGGAAUGCCUUAUAUCACGUCCAUAACGGAGAGGAUGUUGUCCUCCUGACCACCUGCAAGCAUGGCAAAGACUGGCAAAAGCACAAGGAUUCGCGCUGCGAUCGAGACAACACCGAAUACGAAAAGUAUGAUUACCGUGAAAUGCUGCACAAUGCCACUUUCUGUCUGGUUCCCCGUGGCCGCAGGCUUGGCUCUUUCAGGUUUUUGGAAGCCUUGCAGGCUGCCUGCGUCCCGGUCAUGCUCAGCAACGGAUGGGAGCUGCCCUUCUCGGAGGUGAUUGACUGGAACCAAGCUGCCAUCAUCGGCGAUGAGAGAUUGUUACUACAGAUUCCUUCUACAAUCAGGUCUAUCCAUCAGGAUAAAAUCCUAGCACUUAGACAGCAGACACAGUUCUUGUGGGAGGCUUAUUUUUCUUCAGUUGAGAAGAUUGUAUUGACUACACUAGAGAUUAUUCAGGACAGAAUAUUUAAGCACAUAUCACGUAACAGCUUAAUAUGGAACAAACAUCCUGGAGGGUUAUUUGUACUGCCACAGUAUUCCUCAUAUCUGGGAGAUUUUCCUUACUACUAUGCUAAUCUGGGUCUGAAGCCUCUUUCCACAUUCACUGCCGUUAUCCACGCAGUAACUCCCCUGGUUUCCCAAUCUCAGCCUGUGCUGAAACUCCUGGUUGCUGUAGCCAAGUCCCAGUACUGUGCACAGAUUAUUGUUUUAUGGAAUUGUGAUAAACCCCUCCCAGCCAAACACCGCUGGCCUGCCACUUCUGUGCCUGUCAUAGUCAUUGAAGGAGAAAGCAAGGUUAUGAGCAGUCGCUUCCUACCCUAUGACAACAUAGUGACAGAUGCAGUGCUGAGCCUGGAUGAGGACACCGUGCUUUCAACCACUGAGGUGGAUUUUGCCUUUACAGUUUGGCAGAGCUUUCCAGAGAGGAUUGUAGGGUAUCCUGCACGCAGUCACUUCUGGGACAACACUAAGGAAAGGUGGGGGUAUACCUCCAAGUGGACUAAUGACUAUUCCAUGGUAUUGACAGGAGCUGCUAUUUACCACAAAUAUUAUCACUACCUGUACACUCAUUACCUGCCUGCCAGCCUAAAGAAUAUGGUGGACCAACUGGCCAAUUGUGAGGACAUUCUAAUGAAUUUUUUGGUGUCAGCCGUGACGAAAUUGCCUCCAAUCAAAGUUACACAGAAAAAACAGUACAAGGAGACAAUGAUGGGGCAGACGUCCCGGGCCUCGCGCUGGGCCGACCCUGACCACUUUGCCCAGCGGCAGAGCUGCAUGAACACUUUUGCCAGCUGGUUUGGCUAUAUGCCGCUGAUCCACUCGCAGAUGAGGCUGGACCCUGUCCUCUUUAAAGACCAGGUCUCCAUCCUGAGGAAGAAGUACCGAGACAUCGAGCGCCUGUGAGGAGCGGCUGAGGGCCGAGCCGCCCUGGCCCGUGGGAGCCGGACUGUGGCAGCAGCGAGCGCCGACCCAGCGCCGGCAGGCCGCUGCCCCGAGACUAGGUCGUGUACAGUUUCAUUAUGGAACAUUAAAUAAUUAUUUUUGAAAUGAUUGCUAUGCAGGUUUAAACUUUUUUAAUGAUCAAAAAAAAAAAAAAAACCUAUUAAAAACAGAGUUCUUUCUUUAAUCAAAAUUGUGUUGGUUGUGAAUAUUUCAGAGCUGCCAUUUCUUUCUUUUAUGCAUUUGAUUGUCAAUGCAAUUUUCGUUCCUUUUUCCCUGCACAGUUAAACGCUGGAAUCUCAUUGGGAGAAAAUGCAGCAGGUCAAGAAACAAAGUGAGCACAAACAGGACAGAACUGAAGUAUUAAUAUUUCUCAUUUACUACCAAAUUUUUUUUUCCUGUUUUCCCCAAGCCAGUAGCAGCCCCUAUGGCUAAACUCCUUUGGACAGCUGGAAAACUGGAGAACCACCAAGAAGCCAAAUGAGAGGGUAGAUCCUUCUGGCUGGGGACCUCUGUUUUAAAGGAAUCAGCCUUGCCUUGAAGGGAGAGAGGAGCGUUGCUGUGGAGGAGUGUGACAUGGAGCACAGGGACACAGGCACUGCAGGGCUGUGUGCUGUGCUCAGAGAGGCACAUCCCAAGUUCCCUGCCAUGGAUGGCAGAGCACCCCGGGGCACUGGGCACGGCUGCCAUGGUGGUCCUGUGGGACACCCAGAGCCUGUGCAAGCCCUGCUGCGGGCAGUGGUGCCCCUUGGCAGCUGAGCAUCCAAAGCAGCUUCCUUCUGAGGGCAGAAGGAGUGUUGACGGGAAGCAAGAAAACAUGUUGGUGCUUGCAGUGCAGGAAUUUGGCCUGUAACUGACUUAUUUGAAAUCAAAGGCUUCCUUUUGUCUUUUUUUUUUUUUCUUUUUCUUUUUUUUUCUGGAAGUGCAAAUACAUAGAACAAUUCCCUCAUGGAGGUCUGACACCUGAAGUAAAGCAUAUGGUCAGACACUGAGUUCUGGCAGCAGUGGUGUGUUCCCAGGCAUGCUUGGGGCAGGGUAACUCACACAAAAAACCUGCUUCUGAAAGAAGAGUGCUGCUCAUGCUCCAAAAUGGCUUUAGCAUUUCAAAUAUAAGUAUUUUUCAAUUGAAAUACUCCAGUUGUUUAUUUCUUUGUAAUCCUUUGCUUAUUUAUGUGUUUCUUUACAUUGAAGAAUGAAAACAGAAGCAGUGAUUCGGGUCAGGAGGAUACCAUUCCAGUUUGCUAAGAAAAUAAGCACUUUAAAAAUGUUUCAAACUCUCACAUUUUGGGGUGCUCUGUAAUUAUCCCCACCCCAAGAGGAGCUCUGUUAAAUCACAGCAAGAGGGUUUAGUGCUGAUGCCCUAAAGAACAGCAAGCCUUUCUAUACCUCACUUCUUUGUAAGCAGGCAAUCUGGCAGCAGGGAUGAAGAGGAGUGACUCUUCAGUCACUACCAGUCCCAUCUAGUAGGGAUGAAGAGUAAUUGGACCAGAAUGACCACCUGUUUCAUUCAGGCUCAGGCACCAAUUUAAUAUGCAGCUUUAAGCAACUUGCAUAAUCAGGGCAUGCCUCAGUCUCCUGUUUGUAAAACUAAUAGAUACAGGUUGCAGAGAGAAUGUUGUGAAGCUUAGAUGAUUUCUUUUGCUGGUAAGAUCAUUACUUCUAAACAGAAAGUUGCUGUAAAAGUGAAAAGUACGUGUUACUAAAUGUUGAAUGCAACCUGACAUGUAAGGUCUUGCAGAGAGUGCUUUGCUUUGCAUAUGUAUUGCAAUAUUUGAACAGAGCACAUUGAGUUAGGACAGGACCAUCAGGUUCCUGGCAUUUUGUUUUAGAAUCAUAGAACGGUUUGGGUUGGAAGGGAUCUUGAAAAUCAUCUAGUUCCAGCCCCCCUGCC